AUGAUGGCCAAUCACAAUCUGGUGUACGUCUUCCUGGCCAUGGCCAAUGGUCUUCUCAUGAUUAGGAACCCUGGUUUUGUUGAAGCUGGAGAACUGGCUGGGAUGAACAACGCAGGUCAAAUUUCAGAUGAUAAUGUGGGACUCCUCAGCAAACUCCUUCAUGAUGUACCCAUUGGUGGAUUUUCGAAAAUCCUCGUUCCGCCAAAAAAUUCAGACAUCCAACGCCACCAGACCAAAAUUCUCAAAGGAGCAUUGGAACUGGAGCUCUUCCUUGCUUCAAGAAGCCAGACUGCCAGCAAAGCCAAGGCUAAAAGGAAGAAGCCCAAGGUCAAAAUGAUGCGCACUCCUAUGGUUGCGGGUACAGUGAAGAAAGUUCAGAAAAAGGCACGGGCAAAGAGUCGCUCUGGCAAAGCCCUCAAUAAACAUCCCCAGGAGACAGUGAGGGAGACAGUGAGGACAGCUCAGGAGACAGCUCAGGAGCUUCAUCAGGCAUUUCAUCAAAUUCAGGCGCAUCAUCAUCAUCAUUAUUAUCAUCAUCAUCAUCAUUAUUAUUAUCAUCAUCAUCAUCAUCAUCAGAAGAUGUUCCACCAUCAGUAG